GACGACAUGGCUCGGAGCUGCAGCAGCAUGAUGAGCCCGACGUCGUCGUCGUCGGUGCCGCCGGCGCUGCUGGCCGUCCACCACCACCUGGUGGCGGCGACGCUGCUGCUGCUGCUGCUGCUCGCGGGCGGCUGCCACGGCGCGCCGCUGAAGGCGCACUUCUACCGGCGCAGCUGCCCGGUGGCGGAGGCGGUGGUGCGCGACAUCGUGCUGGCCCGCGUCGCCGCCGACCCCGCCGCGCUCCCCGCCAAGCUGCUCCGCCUCUUCUUCCACGACUGCUUCGUCAGAGGUUGCGACGCGUCGGUGCUGAUCGACUCGACGCCGGGCAGCAGCGCGGCGGAGAAGGACGCGGCGCCGAACGCGUCGCUGGGCGGGUUCGAUGUGAUCGACACCGCCAAGGCGGUGCUGGAGGCCGUGUGCCCCGGCACCGUCUCCUGCGCUGACAUCGUCGCGCUCGCCGCCCGGGACGCCGUCUCCUUCCAAUUCGGGCGGGACCUGUGGGACGUGCAGCUUGGGCGGCGCGACGGCGUGGUGUCGCGGGCGUCGGAGGCGCUAGCGAACAUCCCCUCGCCGUCGGACAACUUCACCGCCCUCGAGGCCCGCUUCGCGGCCAAGGGCCUCGACGUCAAGGACCUCGUCAUCCUCUCUGGAGCGCACACGAUCGGCGUCGCCCACUGCAACACCUUCGCGGCGCGCCUCUCCGGCGGCUCCGGCCCCAGCUCCGCCGCCGCCGACCCGGCGCUGAACGCGGCGUACGCGGCGCAGCUCCGGGCGCGGUGCGGCCCGGACCCGGCGGCGGCGGCCUCCAACAACGCCACCGUGGUGCCCAUGGACCCCGAGAGCCCCGCCCGGUUCGACGCGCAUUACUACGUCAACCUCAAGCUCGGGCGGGGCCUGUUCGCCUCCGACGCCGCGCUGCUCGCCGACCGCCGCGCCGCGGGGAUGAUCCACCGCCUCACCAGGCAGGCCCACUUCCUCCAGGAGUUCAGGAACGCCGUGCGCAAGAUGGGCCGCGUCGGCGUGCUCACCGGCGAGCGCGGGGAGAUCCGCCGGGACUGCAGGACCGUCAACAGCCGCUGAUCGUUCGGCACACACGACCCGGCGCGCCCGGGGCUCGCUCUCGCUCGUUCUUGGAAGCAGCGCGGAUGUGUUCGCUUGGUAUUUGUUUGGUUGCAGGAAAUUAAACGGGAGUAAUUAAUAUAAUACGUGUACUUUGGGUGGGUGUGAUUAAGCAGUGUUUGUUUUUGAUUCUUGUUGCAGUCGUAUAUAUGUGGCGCCCAUUCAUGUGGAAGCACUUUUUGGCGCCAUGGUGGAGUUGAAAAGGGCAAUAAAAACUACAGUAACCCAAUUCACUUGC